CAGUACACCACCACCCGUGGCGCACUCGGCCCACCUCCCGAGUUCGUCGCCGCUUUCCCCUCUCUUCCCGCGCCGGCACGCUCGCGUCGCGGCCCCCCAGUUCUCCUCCAAAACCCCCGGCCAAAAACCCUUCGAAAGUCGAAACUCCGUUCAUCUUCCAUGCUCCACCCGCACGCCGCGAUGCUGCGCUCGCCCUCCUCCCUCCGCUCGCUCCUCCACCUCACCCGCCGCCACCGCCUUCCCACGAACCCUCUCCUCCCCCGCCCCCUGAACCCUCACCUCCCCAGCUACCCACUCUCCGCUCGCCCGCGUUUCCUGUCCUCUUCAACCUCGCCAACACCCGGCGGCCCAGGAUUGGCCACCUACGACCCGGUCACCGACAGCCUCAGCGCCUCCGCGGCGCCCCCUUCUGCCUCCGCCUCCGAUUCCGAGGCCCCCGCUGUGUCGGAUGCCUGGGGCGUCUACGACCCCGUAUCGGGCCGCAUCGUCAAGCAGGGGUCCCCUCCUCCUUCGUCGUGCACCACCGUGGAGGAGGAGGAGGAGGAGGAGGAGGAGGCGGGAGAGCUCGAGGACGAGGAUAGGGGGAAGAAGUGGGCGAGAGCGCUCGGUGGGAAGGGCCAGGUCAGGUGGUCGUCGGUGGCGGCGGCGCGGAGGCCCGCAGGUAAGCGCGGCAGGGAGAAGAACUCGUACGUGUGCAGCAACUGCGGGGAGGGCAAUUCACAGUGGUGGGGCAUUUGCCGCCACUGCGGUGCGGUGGGGACUGUGGUCGAGUACGUCGCAGGGUCCAACAGCGGCGGUGCCUCUGCGGAGGGGUCGCACUCGCACCACAUCGGCCGAUCGUGGAUUCCUCAGAAGGCCAAGGAGAUGGUACCACAGAGCCUUCCGGAGGUGAACAAGGGGGUCGAUCAGGCAGAGUGGCGCAUACCCCUAUGGGGGAGUUUCGGGAUGGAGAUCUCUCGAGUGCUUGGUGGUGGCAUUGUUCCUGGAUCCUUGGUUUUAGUCGGUGGGGAUCCAGGUGUUGGCAAAAGUUCAUUGAUGUUACAGCUUGCUUCGAAUAUAUUGGAGGGUUUCAAGGCCAAGGAGUCUUCUCCUGUUGUAUAUGUGUCUGGUGAAGAGAGUAUUGAGCAAAUUGGAAACAGGGCUGACCGGAUGAGUAUCACGUCUAGCAACUUGUACCUCUACUCUGGUACGGAUAUUGAGGAUAUCUUGGACAAAAUCCAACCGCUCUCUCCAAAAGCUCUCAUCAUCGAUUCAAUUCAAACAGUUUAUGUCAGAUCAUUUGCUGGAAGUGCUGGUAAUUUGUCACAGGUUAAAGAAUGCACCUCUGCCUUGUUACGAUUUGCAAAGCUGACUAAUAUCCCUGUUUUCUUGAUUGGACAUGUUACGAAAACUGGUGAUAUUGCUGGUCCUCGCCUCUUAGAGCACAUAGUGGAUGUGGUUCUUUAUAUGGAGGGAGAGAGGUGCUCAUCCCAUCGAUUGUUGCGGUCAGUGAAGAACCGUUUUGGUUCAACUGAUGAGCUUGGUGUAUUUGAGAUGGCCGAAUUUGGUCUGCAAGCUGUUCUGAAUCCAAGCCAGAUGUUCUUAACUGAGCAUGACUCUGAUUCUGAAAUUCUGGCUGGGCUUGCUGUAGCUGUUAUUUUAGAUGGAUCUAGGACCUUUGCUCUUGAAGUUCAGGCAUUGUGUGUUUCUGGUUCUCAUCGUUCUGGACAAGUAGUUGGCAUACCGCCAAGCAGGGCUGAUGUCAUAAUCUCUGUUCUUAUGAAGCAAGCAGGCCUAAAACUUCAGGAUAGUACUAUUUUUUUGAAUGUUGUGAGUGGCUUCAAGUUGACUGAGACCGCAGGAGAUCUGGCCAUAGCAGCUUCAAUUUGCAGCAGUUUCUUGGAAUUUCCUAUCCCAAAUGAUGUUGCAUUUAUUGGGGAGGUCGGCCUCGGUGGUGAACUUAGAGCUGUGCCAAGAAUGGACAAGCGGGUGAUGGCCAUUGCAAAGCUGGGAUACAAGAAGUGUGUCGUUCCCAAGACCUCCGAGAAGUUGCUCAGACCACUUGAUCUUGACAUUGAGAUCUUGCCCUGCAGCAACCUGAAGCAGGUUAUAAACACUGUGUUUACGCCCCAAAGUUGAUGGUAGGCGUACAAGAUGGCCUGGUUAAGCAAAUCUGACAGUAGGCACUUAGAUUAGAGUAUUGCUGUAGGUGAAGGACUUGGCUAGUUGGAUUGGUGUAGCAUAGUGCGGUAGGGCCAGUUAGAAAGUGGAUGGGGUUCAGUGCUGGGCCUCCGUUGGGCUGGUGUAGCAUAGUGCGAAAGUGCCAGUUAGAAAGUGGAUGGUGUCCAGCGCUGGAAUUUCGGUCGAUUUUGCUAUUAAGCCUAAUACGGCCUUGAAAUUGGUUAUCUUUUGCGGGAUUCAGAUACUAUCACGAUGUAUUGUGGCACACAAUCAUAAUUCCUUGGUAUCUUUGGAGCCUGUAUGGAAGCGUGGUUUUAUAUCAAAAACCAGUGUGAAAAUUUUA